CCGCCCCUUAAUCAUCUAGAUUUUAAUUCUGUCGCUAUGGCUCUCAAGGAUAAGGACAGUAGUGAGCUGGCCACUCCAAUCUCCACACAAUCAAACUCGUCAGUGGGGCAUAAUGUUCUCGAGCCCGAGCAGAACGGCGUAGAACCAGAGGCAGACUUGACUGCUGUUGUCCCCGACACCGGCGAGGCCAGUGACGGUGGCAAGCUCAAGAUGAUCGUUCAACUCCUGAAGCGUUGCCUGGGUGUCAAGGAUCUUGCGGCAAUGCGACUGUCGUUACCUGCCUCUCUUCUCGAACCUGUCCCCAACUUAGAGUAUUGGCAAUACUUGGACCGACCUGAUCUCUUUGUUUCUAUUAACGACUCAGAUGACCCUCUUGAGCGCAUGCUCGCUGUCAUUCGCUUCACAUUCACCAAGGACCUCAAGUUCAUAAGAGGCAAAGUCGUCAAACCAUACAACUCCGUCCUUGGCGAACACUUCCGUGCACACUGGGAUGUGCUUCCGGUGGAGUACCCACCUGACCCUCUACAAGCGCCCGUUCAUCGGCAGCAUACCACGUCGCCCGUGCCGUCGGCAGACCCCUCCGCGGUCUUCGGAAAGGGGCCAAAGGACGAGAGUACUCUAUCUUUCCGUUCCUCAAAGAGCGCUGGUUCCGCCAAGAAUAAGAAGCGGGCAUCUUCGAUCUUUGACUUUGCCACUGCACGCGUCACGCCGCUCCCCAAAUCUCCGGGUCCUUCUUCUCCGGAUGUCACUCCCACAGUCAACGGCACCGUAGAAUCGAACCUUGCUGCGGGGGUAUCUAACCUCAGCCUUGGAAAUGCGUCGGGUUCGUAUGACUCGGGGAUGUCGGGAGAUGCUGAUGAUUCCGAACGAGUACGGGUUGCGUUUCUGACCGAGCAAGUGUCGCAUCACCCGCCUAUUAGCACCUACUACGCCACAUGCCCAACGCGCGGCGUCUCGUUGAUGGGUAUUGAUCAAAUAAGUGCGCGGGUCUCCGGAACCGGGGUACGCGUCGCGCCAGGUGCACUGAAUAAGGGUAUUUUCAUGCGAAUUGAUUCUGGACCAGGAACUGGCGAGCAAUAUCAGGUCACGCAUCCAACUGCUAUGGUAAAUGGAUUACUGCGUGGUAGUUUUUACGUUACGGUUGGUGAAUCGACGAUCAUCACUUGUACCGGGAUAGGAGGUGAGGAGAAGGGAAAGGAAAGAUUGAGAGCGGUUAUUGAGUAUAAGGAAGAGCCUUGGCUUGGCACACCCAAGUUUGCGGUAGAAGGUGUCAUUCAUACGUAUCGCGAAGGGGACGAAGAUUACAAGGACUGGAUUAAAGUGAAGCAUGUCCCACGGAGCGCAACAAAGGUUUACUUCGAUGGGUCUUGGCGGUCAAGAGUGCGGUGGCGGCGUGCGGAUGCAUCGGCUGACGAGGAACAAGCAACGCUGAUUGACGUCUCGACGUUACUCGUAGUACCGAAACGUGUAAGACCGUUAGAGAAGCAGCAUACGUAUGAGAGUCGGAAGUUGUGGCAGAACGUGACGAGUAAUCUGCUUGCGAAGGAGUAUAGUGAGGCGACGCGUCAUAAACAUGCGAUUGAACAGCGGCAGAGGGAUAAAGCUGCUGAGAGGAAGAAGAAAGGCGAGGAAUUUAUUCCAGCGUUCUUCGAGAAGGACAUCGACUCGGGUAUACCAGUGCUGACUGCUGAAGGUCAAAGGGUACUUGAAGAAGAGCUGAAGACGGUAGACGGGGAGACCUAACCCUCAUUGAGAACAACUUUCCGUCUCGUUAACUCUCUUGCACCCUCCAUGCCGUUCGCUCGCGAUACAUCCAUCAGCAUCAGCAAUUCGUUAUUGCGCAUAUACCAUCACCAUCACCACCGCAUACACCCACCCCGUAUAUACACGAACGCCUGCAUCGACUCCUUUAUUUUCGUCUCUUUCGCCACUUUCCGCAUUUCUUUUUACUUUUUACUCGUUUUUUUUUUCUUACCCUUCUGAUUUCUGCUCUUGUCGUUCCUGGUUCCUCUUUCUUUUUCCUCCCUUCCCUUUUCCUUCUAUAUAGAUCAGAUAUUGC